AUGCACAUUCUUUUCAUUAAGAGGGCAUUUACAACGACCAGGCUGGCUGCCAAUGCACCGGUCACGCAAACGAAUCGAGCUGAGGCAACCAUGAAGCGGUUCUGGAAGUCAGUAGAUGUAUCACCAUCAAAGCAAGACCCGGAGACGCUGGCGAUAACACUGGACAAACGACCCCUAAAAACGCCGUUAGGCAAACCUCUCGCCGUCCCAAAUACUAAGCCAUUAUUAGCUGCUCUCAUCGCCCACGAAUGGGAUAGCCAAGAAAAUGUUAUCAAGCCGCAUGCGCUACCCGUUACAUCUCUGGCAUCUCGAGCACUAGACGGAAUGCACAUAGAAAAUGUACAUGCUCAAGUCCGGGAUGCACUCCUCAAGUACUUCGACACGGACACCAUCUGCUUCCACGAACAUCAUCACCCCUCCCUGGUUCGACUACAAGACGCGCACUGGAAGCCUAUCAUUGAUUGGGCGCAGGAGAAGUUCGGUGUAGAAAUUCGCAUCUUCACCGACCUGAUGGGCAACGUCCAGCCGCCAGAGACGCGGAAGGCUUUAGGGGACUGGAUUGCGAAAUACGACGCAUGGCAGCUCGCCGCACUCGAAAGGGCAGUGUACGCAACGAAGUCCUUUUUGAUCGCACUGGCGCUUGUAGAAGGGAGAAUCACGGCUGAGGAAGCUGCACAGGCGGCUCACGUAGAGGUGAACAGCCAGAUUGAGAGAUGGGGCGAGGUCGAGGACUCACAUGAUGUUGACUACCACGACAUUCGACGACAAUUGGGCAGUGUUGCCUGCCUCUCAUCGAAAGCCUGA